AUGUGCAUGGUGAACAUUGACCCUAAAAAUUCUUACUUGGCUUCUGCCAAUACCACAAAUACCGUUCAUAUUCCUUCAACGGUUGCCAAUCAUCCUGAUGCUCCAGAAAAUGUUAAUCAAGAAUUUUCUAUUCUCAAUAUAAUUCCGUCUUUGAUAAGUGAAAAACAUAAAAAGGCUGCCUUUGUUGAAAAUCUUGUCGACACGGCUGGACUUAUCGUGGAGGUAAUUUGGGCAAAUUUCUCCAUUAGUCCGAAUGCCAAAAUUAUUUCUUUACAUGUGUUUCUUCAAGAAACUUUGCGACGUUCUCGUACCUCCUAUUCAACACUCCAAACAGCAUUAUUCUACUUGUUUAGAAUCAAACAUAAAAUCGCUUUCUUAUCUCAACGUACCGAAUUGCCUCUUACACCAAUCUCCGAAAAUCCUCCAGAUGUGAUCCAAAAUUCUUGUCAAAAUAAUGACCCUGCAACCUGUGGUCGACGCAUGUUUUUAGCUGCUCUAAUUGUUGCAUCAAAAUAUCUUCAAGAUCGCAAUUAUUCUAAUCGUGCUUGGUCUAAAAUAUCUGGUCUUACUGUCCAGGAGAUUAAUGCAAACGAAGUUUGCUUUCUCAAGCUUAUUGAUUACAACCUUUUUAUAGCUGAGGAUAUUUUUAAACGCUGGAGUUCUCUUUUGUUAAGGCAUAUCCAAGCUAUUUCUGGUCCAGAUAUAUCCAAUCCGGAGGCAUUUAGGAGUGCUGAAAAUCUGAACGAGGUCAAUAGAUUUCGUGAAACUUUAAGAUUAAUGGAUCCGAAGACUAUGGAAUGUAAACGUACCCUCGUUUUUGGAAUUUAUCCUAUCACUCCUGCAGUGAGUGCUCCAGGAUCACCACGUGAAUAG